AUGCCCUCUGCGGCGCCAGCGGCCCAGCGACGGUGGUGCCAGCUCUCGGGUCCCACCCUGCUGUCUCUGGGCGUCUGCUUCCUCUUCAAUAUCUGGCUUCUUGCGCCGACCAAGUCAGAUCACCUCAAGCACCACCACCAUCACUCGGCUCCGGACGCAGGCAAAUGGGCGAGAUGUCCGGAGCAGCCAAAGCCGCUGCACCCUGCUAUGGCUUGGAACAUGACCGAGGAGGAGAAGAAGACUUCUAUUGACCGAUUUGCUCGGGCUGUGCAAAUCCCUACUCAGAGCUACGACGACAACGGCGAGCCAAACGAAGAUCCCCGCUGGAAGCCGUUCUUCGAUUUCCAGACCUAUCUCAAGGAUACAUUCCCUCUUGCCCACGAGAAGGGUAACGUGGAAUACAUCAACACCCUCGGUAUCCUCAACACCUUCAGGGGGUCUGACCCGUCGCUCAAGCCGCUCGUACUAAUGUCGCACUAUGACGUCGUACCCGCGCCAGAGUCCACAUUCGACCGCUGGACUUACCCGCCUUUCAGCGGGCACAAUGACGGGAGGGAUAUCUGGGGUCGCGGCGCAUCCGACGACAAAACCCUCCUCGUUGCCCAAUGGGAAGCUAUCACGCAUCUGCUGGAGAGUGGCUGGGAGCCCCGCCGGACAGUCAUCCUGUCGCAUGGCUUCGAUGAGGAAGAGGUAUCCGCCCGUAGAGGUCAGGGUCAGAUCGCCCCACUCUUGGAGGAGCGGUAUGGGAAAGAUGGGAUCUUCAUGCUGGUCGACGAGGGUAGUGGGACGACUGAGGACUGGUAUGGCGGAGCUUUCGCUCUUCCCGGUAUGGGCGAGAAGGGGUACCUCGACAUCCGGAUCUCGGUGGGAACGCCCGGAGGCCACUCGUCGGUACCGCCCACUCAGACCGGUAUCGGGAUCAUGUCCGACAUCGUCAUCGCCAUGGAGGCCAAUCCAUUCGAGACCAAGCUUACCCCUGAAUCUCCUUAUCUCACUUCUCUGAUGUGCGCUGCUGAACACGCUCCCUCCUUCCCUUCCAAGUAUGCCAAGCUGCUCCGCCACCCUCGUGACUGGCCCAAGCUCGCCAGCCUCCUCUCGUCCUCCUCCGCCUCUGAGAAAGCCAUGAUCUCCACCACGCAAGCCGUCGAUGUCAUCUCCGGCGGUGUGAAAGUUAACGCCCUUCCCGAGCUGGUUACAGCGCUCGUCAAUUACCGUAUUGACUUUUCGGAAUCAAUCAACUCCACGCAGAGGCACGUCGAGCGGGUAUUGAGGAAGGAGGCGAAGAAGAUGGGUUUGGACUUUUAUGGCUUCAGUCAGGACAGAGGGAAGAGUGGGAAGUACGUCGCGGUGGAGAUCUUCGGUCCGGCGCUGGAGCCGGCGCCGAGGUCGCCGAUGGAGGGUGAAGCGUGGGAGCUGUUCGCUGGGACCGUCAGGGCGGUCUUUAACGACAAGCACGGCAAGCCAAUGACCGUCGCGCCAUCUGCAUCUACGGGCAACACCGACUGCAAGAUGUACUACAAUCUCACCAAGAACAUCUACCGGUUUAUGGGCAGUCCAGCCUCCUUGGACCGCGCGAGCGGCAUCCAUACCGUGAAUGAGCGCGCGUCUAUCGAGGGCCACUACAGUGUCGUUCGCUGGAUUCACGCGCUGGUGCAAAAUGUCGACGCAUCCUUGGCGUGA